GUUUGCUGGCAGAUCCAAAACGGCAUUUUUGAAUGCGUCAACUGCUUCUUCUGGUGAUUGGAACCUUUGACCACGCAGUCUGUUUUUAAUUUUCGGGAAACUAAAGAAAUCGUUAGGACUUAGAUCGAGACUAUAUAUGUAUGGAGGACGGUCCAAUAAUUUCAUGUUUUCUUCCGUUAAAUACUGCCUUGUUUUUUGGGCUGUGUGCGAGCUUGCAUUGUCUUGGUGGAGGAUGAUUCUUCUUUCGGGGUUGAUUUUUCGAAGCUCGGUGAUGACUUUUGGCAAACAAAUUGUGGUAUACCAAUCCGCAGUAACAGUUCUUUGCUCAUUAUGAGGAAUUGCUGCAAUAUGACCCGCUUGUGACACAAAUGUCG